CUCAUAAGGUAACCACUCCCAUCUCAAAUUCUCAACGUUUCUUUCUGUUUUGGCAAACACGGUUGAGAAUGUCAAGGCGGGUCCAAAUCGACGAUCCCAAAAACGACGACGACGUUCCCAAAAACGACGACGUUCCAGACGCUGAUUCCUCUCAGCUCCGUAAACGGGACUACAUUGACGUCCCUUCUCACCCCUACUUGAUGAAGCUUUUGAACAAGCAAGGGGACCAGAUUGUUCUAUUUGCGGAUAGAGUUUUGAAGUUCACGGGUUCGGGGAAGAUGAAAUGCCGCAUUCUGUUGGUUACGGAUUUUGCGAUUUACAUUGUUGACCCUGAGACUGAUUCGCUUAAGCGGAGGAUAGCCCUUGCAGCGGUUGAGAAGAUUUGUCUGAGUGAACUAAGUGAUAACUUUCUUGCAGUUAUAAUUCCGACAGAGUAUGAUUUACUUAUAGCUAGCGCUAGAAAGAAUGAAAUCGUCGCUGCCUUUGUUGAAGCUUAUGAACUCGAGGUGGUUUCUUCCAAUAGGUUUGAGUAUAAUGCAGCAUCUGACUUGGUUAAGGAAAUUGAAUUUGAGGAAGCUGAAGGGGGCGUCAAAACAAGAAUUUUGAGGAAGUGAACUUCUUUUCUAUUUUCGUGAUAACAUCUGUAAACUUGGUAGGAGACCCGUACAGGAAAUGAUUGUUAAUCGAUUGUGUAGGAAAGGUUCUUUUGGUACAGUGUUUCCUUUCCAAAGAUUAAUUACGCUAUUAUUCUUUUAUCAGAAAUUUUAGAAGAGCAGAAAUAUAUAGUUUCAAUCUGAAACCAGAUUCAACUGGAUGUAUGAAAUGGAAUUAUAUCUAAUUUUUUAAGCUAACACGAUAUCAUAUGUAGCUUGUUUCCUGUCUCU